GAUGCCCUGCGGCGCGGCGCUCCUAGGCUCGGGGACGCGCACGCAAUUCGCUGUCGUUGGCUGACUUCCGGUGGUGCCAAAGCCGUUUCCGCGGAAUCAGGCCGGCAGAAUGGAACAAAAGUGGGACUUUUAAAAUGUUGCCCUGUAAGAAGAGAAGAACUACAGUGACAGAGUCCCUACAGCAUAAAGGCAAUCAGGAGGAAAACAACGUAGACCUAGAAUCAGCUGUUAAACCAGAAUCUGACCAGGUUAAGGACUUGAGGUCAGUGUCACUUUCCUGGGAUCCAAGACAUGGCAGAGUAGCUGGCUUCGAAGUACAAUCUGUGCAGGAUGCAGGAAAUCAGCUUGGUAUGGAGGAUUCAUCUCUGAGCUCUGGGAUGCUCACCCAGGACACAAAUGUACCAAUUCUAGAAGGUGCUGAUGUUGCCAUCUCUCAGGGAAUCACCCUACCUUCCUUGGAGUCUUUUCACCCCCUUAAUAUACAUAUUGGUAAAGGAAAACUCCAGGCUACUGGCUCAAAGAGAGGGAAAAAAAUUACACUGAGGCCUGGGCCAGUUACCCAAGAAGACAGACGUGAUCAUCCUAUGCUAAAGGAGCCUUUUUCAGAAGAGCCUAGUGAAGAAGUCAAGGAAGAAGGAGGGAAACCUCAAAUGCAUUCUGAAGGGGAGAUACCUUCACUGCCAUCAGGCAGCCAAUCUGCAAAACCAGUAAGCCAGCCCAGGAAAUCAACCCAGCCAGAUGUUUGUGCCUCUCCUCAAGAAAAGCCACUCAGGACUCUGUUUCACCAACCUGAGGAAGAGAUAGAAGAUGGUGGACUCUUCAUUCCAAUGGAAGAACAAGACAAUGAAGGAAGUGAGAAAAGGAGAAAAAAGAAAAAGGGUACCAAGAGGAAACGAGAUGGAAGGGGUCAAGAAGGGACCUUGGCAUAUGACCUGAAACUGGACGACAUGCUUGACCGUACCUUGGAGGAUGGUGCCAAGCAGCACAAUCUAACAGCGGUCAAUGUCCGAAACAUCCUUCAUGAAGUAAUCACAAAUGAACACGUGGUAGCUAUGAUGAAAGCAGCCAUCAGUGAGACAGAAGAUAUGCCAAUGUUUGAGCCUAAAAUGACACGCUCUAAACUGAAAGAAGUAGUGGAAAAAGGAGUGGUAAUUCCAACAUGGAAUAUUUCACCAAUUAAGAAGGCCAAUGAAAUUAAGCCUCCUCAGUUUGUGGAUAUCCAUCUUGAAGAAGAUGAUUCCUCAGAUGAAGAAUACCAACCGGAUGAUGAAGAAGAAGAUGAAACUGCUGAAGAGAGCUUAUUGGAAAGUGAUGUUGAAAGCACUGCUUCAUCUCCACGUGGGGCAAAGAAAUCCAGAUUGAGGCAGUCUUCUGAGAUGACUGAAACAGAUGAGGAGAGUGGCAUAUUAUCGGAGGUUGAGAAAGUCACCACACCAGCCAUCAGGCACAUCAGUGCUGAGGUAGUGCCCAUGGGGCCCCCGCCCCCUCCAAAGCCGAAACAGACCAGAGAUAGUACUUUCAUGGAGAAGUUACAUGCAGUAGAUGAGGAGCUGGCUUCCAGUCCAGUCUGCAUGGAUUCUUUCCAGCCCAUGGAUGACAGUCUCAUUGCAUUUCGAACGCGUUCUAAGAUGCCCCUGAAAGAUGUUCCCCUGGGCCAACUAGAGGCAGAGCUCCAAGCUCCAGACAUCACUCCAGAUAUGUAUGACCCCAAUACAGCAGAUGAUGAGGACUGGAAGAUGUGGCUAGGGGGACUUAUGAAUGAUGAUGUGGGGAAUGAAGAUGAAGCAGAUGAUGAUGAUGAUCCAGAAUAUAAUUUCCUGGAAGACCUUGAUGAACCAGACACAGAGGAUUUCCGGACUGACCGGGCAGUGAGAAUCACCAAAAAGGAAGUAAAUGAGCUGAUGGAAGAGCUGUUUGAAACUUUCCAAGAUGAGAUGGGAUUUUCCAACAUGGAAGAUGACGGCCCAGAAGAGGAGGAGCGUGUGGCUGAGCCUCGACCUAACUUUAACACUCCUCAAGCUCUACGGUUUGAGGAACCACUGGCCAACUUGCUAAAUGAACAACAUCGGACAGUGAAGGAGCUAUUUGAACAGCUGAAGAUGAAGAAAUCUUCAGCCAAACAGCUGCAGGAAGUAGAGAAGGUUAAACCCCAGAGUGAGAAAGUUCAUCAGACCCUGAUUCUGGACCCAGCACAGAGGAAGAGACUCCAGCAGCAGAUGCAGCAGCACGUUCAGCUCUUGACCCAAAUCCACCUUCUUGCCACCUGCAACCCCAAUCUCAGUCCGGAGGCCAGUACCACCAGGAUAUUUCUUAAAGAGCUGGGAACCUUUGCUCAAAGCUCCAUCGCUCUUCACCAUCAGUACAACCCCAAGUUUCAGACCCUGUUCCAACCCUGUAACUUGAUGGGAGCUAUGCAGCUUAUUGAAGACUUCAGCACACAUGUCAGCAUUGACUGCAGCCCUCAUAAAACUGUCAAGAAGACUGGUAGGAGACAGAUGUGUCAGCUUUAAGUUUUUACUUGCGCCAAUGAAUUUCCCUGUUUGCCAAAGCAAGUGGCUUGGAUCCUGGCCACAAGCAAGGUUUUCAUGUAUCCAGAGUUACUUCCAGUGUGUUCCCUGAAGGCAAAGAAUCCCCAGGAUAAGAUCGUCUUCACCAAGGCUGAGGACAAUUUGUUAGCUUUAGGACUGAAGCAUUUUGAAGGAACUGAGUUUCCUAAUCCUCUAAUCAGCAAGUACCUUCUAACCUGCAAAACUGCGCACCAGCUGACAGUGAGAAUCAAGAACCUCAACAUGAACAGAGCUCCUGACAACAUCAUUAAA